UUAUUUAUAUGUAGCCAAAUCGCUUUGGCUUUUAAGUUGGGUCAAGUUUUUCUCAGCGUGCAAAACAUGGAGGAUUGUGAAAUAAUUGGCAUUAUAUUCGAAUUCAUAGGCGAUGUAUUGUUUGGCUCGGAUGACAGCGACGAUUACAAUUAAAAGGACGUUUCCAAAUAGCCAAACGAGACAAAACAAUAAAAAUAAACAUUAAUUAAAUUACUAAA